CCUCUCUGAGAAGCCAAUAAGAGAGGGCGAGAUUUUAAGCCCCGCCCCAUUUUACGUGUCUCUAUGGAGCGACGUGUCAGGAGAUACCGGAAGUUGAACAGUCGUCAGGCGGAAAACAAAGAUGGCUUACCAGACAUUCCAGCAGGAGUAUUUACAGAUCCCGGUGGUUACAAGAACGUACACGACUGCGUGCGUGCUCACGACGGCGGCGGUUCAAUUAGAUCUCAUCACACCUUUUCAGCUGUACUUCAACCCUGAUUUGAUAUUAAAGCACUACCAGGUAUGGCGGCUUGUGACCAACUUUCUGUUCUUCGGCCCAGUUGGCUUCAACUUCUUUUUCAACAUGAUCUUUUUAUAUCGCUACUGUCGCAUGCUGGAGGAGGGCUCGUUCCGAGGCAGAACCGCUGACUUUGUCUUCAUGUUCUUGUUCGGGGGCCUUCUCAUGACCAUUUUCGGCAUGUUUGUGAGUCUUGUGUUUCUGGGCCAGGCAUUCACCAUCAUGCUUGUGUAUGUGUGGAGCAGACGCAACCCCAACGUGCGCAUGAACUUUUUCGGCCUUCUCAACUUCCAAGCCCCGUUCCUGCCCUGGGUCCUUAUGGGAUUCUCCCUGCUGCUGGGCAACUCCAUCAUUGUGGACCUUUUAGGAAUUGCAGUGGGGCAUGUGUAUUUCUUCUUGGAGGAUGUAUUUCCCAAUCAACCUGGUGGAGGCAGAUGGCUAAGAACGCCUUCCCUUCUUAAAAUGCUGUUCGACACGCCAGAGGAAGAUCCGAACUACAACCCUCUCCCCGAGGAUCGCCCGGGGGGUUUUGCCUGGGGCGAGGGACAGCGUCUGGAGGGUUAAAAUCAUCGAUGGUGCCGCUAUGAGCACAUGCUCCAUGAACUCCUACUCCUAUUCUCCUGUGCACUAAACAAAAGACCAGGACUCGAUUCGCUCGUCCUGAGCGACGCCCGCAGCAGGUAAACUUCCAUGUGAAGUUUUGAGGCAAAACUGGAGCUUUUGAGACAGAACUCCAAAGUGUUCGAGACAAAACGGGAAGUUUCUGAGCUGUUGCAAUUUGUUAGUUUUUGUUUUUUUUUUUUUUUUUUUCCCCCCUGCCGUCGUGUCGUGCAACAGUGAUCACUAAUGUGGAGCUACUGCGAACGAAACUACGCUUGAUUGACUGAAGCAAGAGCAUUCUUAGUUUACUUUUUUUUUUUUUUUUUUUUUUAAUAAAAAUAAAUGUAUAUAAAAUAUUCAAGUAUCUUAAACUAUUGGGUGAACGUCCUUUCUGGUUGAAUGUUGAGGCUGUUUAUAAAAAAAAAUAAGUGUGAAGGUGAGGCUAACGUAGUCAGAUAACACAAUGAAAUCAUUAUAAUUGGAAAGCUUAAUUAACAAGCAAAUGUAAGAGUCAUAUUUGCCUUACUUUUAUGUACUUACCAUACAUACUUAAAAAUACAAAUAAAAGUACUGUUUAGUA